AUGCCGAGCAUAACAGCCAGCCAAGAGGAGCUUGACCGACGGAAGAUUGUCGGGAUUAAUUCCGAAACCGUCACCGAUGUCACCUCGACCGACUACCCGGGCCACUGGCCAGGCGAGGACCAUUCUUGGGACAUAGAUGCGUUCCGGCGGAGUUUCACGGUCGACUUCCACGAGAACAGCGAGCACGAUGCCUCUUUCAGCCUGAUUGGCGUCGACGCCUCGAUCGCCAACGCCUUCCGCCGCAUUAUGAUCUCUGAGGUGCCGACUCUAGCCAUCGAGACCGUUUACUUUGAGAACAACACAAGCGUGAUCCAGGAUGAGGUCCUGGCGCAUCGCCUGGGACUAAUCCCGUUCAAAGGCGGAAAGCCCGGUCUGUUCGACUUUAUGAAGUGGUACAAGAAACCCACAUCCGAGACCGACUUCGACGGCGCCUACGACUUUAACACUGUCAAGCUCGAGCUGAAGGUCCGGUGCACGCGGAGACAGGACGCCGCGCCCGGUGAGACGGAUCCAAAGAAGAUAUUUGAGCACUCCGCCGUCUAUGCGAGCGACAUCAAGUUCUGCCCCCAGGGCAGGCAGUCGGAAUUUUUCUCAGGGGAGGAUGCCAUAGCGCCGGUCAACCCGGACAUCCUUAUCGCUAAGCUGCGCCCGGGACAAGAGAUCGACUGCGAGAUGCACAUGCAUAAGGGUAUCGGAGCCGACCACGCCAAAUUCUCGCCUGUGUGCACGGCUUCGUACCGCCUGCUACCUACGAUUAAAAUCACCCGCCCCAUCCUCGGCCAAGAUGCCGAGAAGUUUCAGCAGUGCUUUCCUCCAGGAGUCAUCGGACUUGAGAAGGUCACCAAAAAGGAGGCGAAGCGAGGCAGCGAGUAUGAGGGCCAUGAGGGCGAACUUAAGGCCGUCGUGGAAGACCCAAUGAAGGACACAGUCAGCAGAGAAUGUCUGCGACAUGACGAAUUCAAGGGCAAGGUCCAGCUAGGCAGGAGGAGGGACCAUUUCAUCUUCCAGAUCGAGAGCACCGGACAGUGGGACUCGGAUGAGCUGUUCCUUGAGUCGAUCAAGCACUUGAAGAAUAAGUGCAAAAAGUUGGAGAAGGAUGUUGUCAAUAUGGUCAGGUAG